AUAAUGGAUAAAGUUCCAGAACUUGACACUGAUCACCAAGAUGCCAUAAUGGAUUGCCUUGCUGUCCGCCAAGGUGACAUUCAGAAUGCUUUAUUAGAAGAAAAAUGUGCUGUCUCUGGUCCCAUAUUAGAAGAUUUUGACUGGAAAAUUAAGUGGAUUAUGGGUAGCAGCAAACUGUCAUCAUUGCGAGAACCUCUUCUGAGCCUCGACUUUAACCUACGCGAAGGAAAGAACAAGGCGGCUCAGAACUCAGAUGUUAAACAAAUGACUGCAAGUUUGGAACUGGAUAAGAAUGAGCUGAAUAAACUAAUUGCUGUACUGGAGAAAGCUCAGGAGACUGUAUCUAACUGGCAAACUUAGGAAAUAAAAGUAUUUCUAUGUA